AUGGACCCAACAGCCCUUCCUGGCUAUAAUCUGCCAGAUGAUAAUCAUACUACAGUAAUUAUAGCCUCGACCGUCUUCUUCACCGUUUUUGCACUCUGCGCGGUUCUCGCAAAAGGAUUUGUGCGGAUCUAUCGCGAACCCGACAGAGGCUGGGAUGACUACUCGAUCGGAGUGUUUUCGAUUCUUGGAUGCACAUUUGUUGUGCAUCAGAUUCAUUACGGCCUGGGUCGCCAUCUGUUCCAUGCUUAUGAAGAUGUAGGAUGGUCCGGCCUCAAAGCUGGGCUACGGCUCGCUUUCGAAAGUCAGAUCGUGUAUGGCUUCUCAAUGGCCUUUAUCAAAGCAAGUGUCGGAUACCUCUUACUGCGCUUCACUCACUCCCCGCUCUUUAUGAAGUUCAUCAGGACCGUCAUAAAGAUUACGGCAUUUUACACGAUUGCUGCAUCGGUUUCUCUCUUAGUCGCAUGUAGGCCAGGCCUUGCGCAACCUGACGAUGCAUUCAAUACCAUGUGUAACCCGGAGAAGCUUGCCUCGGGCAUUGCGCUCUUAAAUACUAUCUUCAACAUCGCCACUGAUGUCGUCUUCGCCAUUCUACCGAUUCCUCUGUUCUGGAAAUUACAAACCGACAUGCGCACCAAGCUCUCACUCUGGGCCAUUCUGUCCCUUGGGAUCCUAGCAGCCAUUGCCGGUGUAGUCAAGGUGUACUACCUAGUCAUCAAUCGCGAUAAAACUGCCGAUUUCAUGUGGGUCAACACCAAUGUCAUAAUUUGGACAGCAAUCGAAUGCAAUAUCGGAAUAAUUGCGGCGACAAUCCCUACGCUGAGGCCUCUGUUUAAAAAGUAUGUCGAGGAGCCGCAUCGACACAGGGCCAACUUUCUAGCUUACCAAGUUGCGGGGAGUACUUCAUCUCCUGCUACGACCCACCUGAUAGAUCCACAUGUUGUGAGCCAUUCCUACGGUUUAACUAUUAGUCCUAGGUCGAGCCACCGAAAUACCGCCAAUUCAAACGCAGGUAUAACAAAUACUUACGAAUUAGGACAGCUGAACGGUACUGUGGGGAUUUCGGCAACCAGGCCUUAUGUUGCGAAUGACGGUGAUCAGGGAAACGAUCAGCCCAAGGACACAGCUCGUUUGCCUCGAAAUCCAGAUAGGACUUUUAACCGGAGGGGGAUGGUGUUUAGGAGAGACUUCGAUCCCAUGGUCGAUUCCACGGAGGCGGCUAUGCCGCGCGCAAAGGAGCACCCUGGCGUUAGGGCCGCACGGGCCGGAGCACGGCCUAGUUUCAUGGUAGACGGGCAGCUGGCACACGACCGUCUUGUUCUUCACUUAUUACCUCUCUUUGAAUACGAAGUACGUAGCAGCAGCAAACAAGAACUUGAAGUUAAGGAUCUUGAUAUCACUUUCGCGCCACCGCCUUCCAGUUAUGCCGCGCAAGACAACUUCUCAAACAUUCACAUCCUCCCAAUCCUCCCAUCCGCCCCCGAAACACACACCGGGAUGCCCAGCCUGCCCCGAUCAUCUUCAUCCUCCUCAUCGUCGUCAUGCAGCUCCCGUAGCCAGGCUGGCAAUCCUACCAAGGACAAACCGAUGCUUCUAGUACCGGCACCCCCUCCCAAAAAGCCAAAGCGCCUCGCACCCCAGGCAGCCAUUGAUGACUUUUGGGCCAAAUUCGACAGUAAAACUCCUGGCAGAGCUGCGACCGUCUUACCCAAAAACAACUACACGAAGAAAGCUAGCGAGAAAACGCCCAAGGGGGUCAUUAAAGGGGAAAGCGCAGUAUCAUCAUACGAAGAAGCGGCAAGGCGGUGCAAGGGAAAGGUUGCGAAGAUUGUCAAAGAGUGCCGCCGGAUCAAUCAGAAAUACGUGGACAACCACUUCAACAUCCAAUUCGACUUGGAAUACGGCCAAACGGAUUGUUUGACGAUGCUAUCAAGCUCGUCAGACAAUGCGACUGCAGAAUUCUACCCCCUUCCGGGGUCCGUCAAGAGAGUUGCUGAUAUAUUCGACAAUCCGAAGUUUUUUGUCGAGGGCCCAACUGCGAAUGAUAUCCGCCAAGGCAGAGAUGGUGAUUGCUGGUUUAUGGCAGCUUUGUGCACUUUGGGUAAUAAAGAGGGCCUUAUUGAGAAGGUGUGUGUUGCGAGAGAUGAGCAAGUUGGAGUGUAUGGCUUUGUAUUCCACAGAGAUGGCGAGUGGAUCUCUGAAAUUAUCGAUGAUAAACUGUAUUUGAUUAAGCCAGACUACGACACAAGUUGGGAAGAGCGAAACUUAAUUGAAGACCACCAACGUAUCGACUCCGAGGAGGAUUAUCGCAGGAUUUACCAGUCCAACUCCAACGCACUCUACUUUGCUCAAUGCGAAGAUCCGAAUGAAACGUGGCUUCCUUUAAUGGAAAAAGCAUAUGCUAAAGCUCAUGGCGAUUACGCAGCAAUAGAAGGCGGCUUCACUGGAGAAGGUCUUGAAGAUCUAACUGGCGGCGUCACUACCGAAGUGUUCAGCACAGAUAUUCUCGAUAAGGAGUACUUCUGGAAAGAGGAACUAAUGAAAGUCAACCAGGAUUUUCUUUUCGGAUGCUGGGGAGGUAUUUUUGGGGGUCGUGGUGAAAGGAAAGGGAUUGUUGAGGGCCAUGCCUAUUCAAUUAUGAAAUGCGUUGAAAUUGAUGGAAAACGGUUGUGUUUGCUGAGAAAUCCCUGGGGCCAGAAGGAAUGGACUGGACCCUGGAGUGAUGGGAGCAAGGAGUGGACCCCAGAAUGGAUGGAAAAGCUUGGUCAUCGAUUUGGUAAUGACGGGGCUUUCUGGAUGUCCUAUGAAGACCUUCUGAAGAAGUAUCAGAUCUUUGAUCGUACGCGAUUAUUCUCGGAUGAUUGGAAAGUUACUCAACAGUGGACCUCACUGGCUAUCCCAUGGUCGCUUAAUUACAAUGACACCAAGUUCUGCUUUAUACUUGAGAAGAAAGCGCCGGUAGUGAUUGUUCUGUCACAGUUGGAUAGCCGUUAUUUCUGCGGUCUCGAAGACCAAUACAGGUUCCAGCUGGUAUUCCGCGUGCACAAGGCUGGGGAGGAGGACUACCUUGUCCGCAGCGUUAGCAAUGUGUUGAUGCAUCGAUCUGUCUCAGCAGAACUCGAGCUUGAAGCUGGCGAGUAUCAUGUGUUGAUGAAAGUCGAGGCCGAGCGCGACAGCAGUGCCACACAUGUUGAAGAUGUCGUGCGAAACAACGUCAAGAACCGUCGGGAAAAGCUCCUACGAAUUGGCCUUGCAUAUGAUUUGGCACAUGCCAAGGGUCAAAUCUACGAAACCCCCGAAGAGAAGAAGGGCAGAAAGAAGGCUGCGAAAGCCAAAAUAGCUAAAGAAAAGAAAGAGAUGAAGAAGAAGUUGAUGAAGGAGAAACUCCAGCGGAAGCAUAAUGAAAACAGAGAGAAACGAAAAGUCAGAGCUGCGAAGGUAGUGAGAAAGGCUAAGGCUAAGGCCAAAGAAGAGAAGGCUGCCGCUGAAAAGAAAGUCGAGGACGAGAAGCAUAACGAGGGCGAGAAGCCAGACGAAGUUACAAAACAUGACGAGGAGGCGGCUAAUAUUGAGACGGGAGAAACUACAGAACCUCCUAAGCCCGACGAAACUCCUGGAGAGGAGAGUAAAACUGACGACAAGACUUCGUCGUCAGAAUCUGUCGAGACGGCCUCAACUCCUACAGCAAGCGAAACGCCCGCUGAGGAGGCACCCGCUGAGGAGGCACCCGCUGAGGAGACACCCGCCGAGGAGACUGUAGCUUCCACUCCCAAGCCCACCGAGAGUCCCCCAACAGCAAAACCUCCAGUUGAUGACUCAGACGACGAAUCGGACAUUCUCUCAGUAGUUUCAGACAUUUCCUCUGCCGAAAUCGCGGACGCCGUAGCAGAAGCUGCUCUCGCCGCUGCGGCCGCAAUCCCUGCUCCAAUCGUAAAAGACGAUGAGGAGGAUGAGUUCCAAAAAGAUCCAUGGAAUGCCGUGGCUGUUCUCGGGUUGAGGGUAUAUUCGAAGGAUUCUGGAGUUAGUGUUAGGAUCGUUAGACCAAGGGACUGGGAGGACGGUGAGGGUAAACUAGAUGUCGAUGAUCCCGCUGCGGAUGCUAUGAAGGAGAAACAGAGGGGUAGGGCAGAGGCUGAGAAGAAAGCGGAGGAGGGAAGUGAGAGUUCCGGGGUUGUUGUAUGA